AAAAGCGAAACCUCUCCGCCAUUUUUCAUCGAUGAGUGUGAGUGGUGGCCAAUGAGUUGGUUUGGUUUUGGUUUCAAUGGCUUUGGACAAAUAUGUCUCAAACCAAAGGAUGAGUGCGAUAAAAGGGGCAACACCAAAGUCUUAACGCCCGUCCCGCUGCAAAAUGUGUGCAGUUGUGACAGCAGCGGGAACGACGAUGUGGACAAAACCACUUUGAACCCAAAAGAUAAUUCAGAAAAAACACGCCAAGAAAUCAAAGUCGUGGCAAGUUGGAGCCGAAGAGCAUCCAUCCACAUAAACGGAGACCGAUGUGUUUGCGUGUCAGGUGUGGACUCAGCAAGUGGAGAGGAAUGUUUCGGACCCAUUCCUGAAAGUGAAGGCUGUGAGGAUGCUGUCAUCAGUGAGAGAUGCCUAAUCCUCAGAUUUCCUGACAGAGUAGAGUGCUGGAGCUGGAAGCGAACUGGAAAGGCAUUAGCUUGGAGUGGGGUGCAAGACCGCACAACCCCGACUAAUACCAGCCCCGAUGUAACAUUUCCACUGGUGCCAGGCGGAUAUGUAGCAACCCAAAUUCCGUUUUUUCGGCCCCUCUCUCCCCGGCUACAUGCAGUGAGCCUGAUACUGGGCACAGAGCACGCUGUUCUUCUCACAGCCUCUGGGACCAUCUACACCUGGGGAUCAGGCAGCCAUGGUCAGCUGGGUCACGGCAGUCUGACAUCAGAGGAUGAGCCUCGAGCUUUAGAGGCCCUAUGGGGUGUUCCCAUGAAAUAUGUAGCUGCAGGGGGCUGGCACUCAGCAUGCAUCAGCGCUGGCGGAGACCUGUAUAUGUGGGGCUGGAAUGAGAGUGGACAGAUAGGGCUGCCAUCAAAAGGUGUCAAUGAGGAAAGUCAGAAAGUAGAAAGCCCUGGGAGAGGCAUGCUGACAAUAAGCAAAAAAGAAGAUGGGGAUAGCAGUAAUGUCUUCAUCUCAAUUCAAGCUUUUCCUGCACUGGUGGAUGUUCCAGAAGUGUCUGAGAUCAGCAAAGUCAGCUGUGGAUCCCGUCAUACAGUUGUCAUCACUAGCACUGGAGAUCUUUACACCUGGGGAUGGGGUCAGUAUGGUCAAUUGGGACAUGGUUCAGAAUGCAGCUCAGAUGAGCCUAAAAUUGUGGAGUACUUCUCAAGUGGAGGAAUGACUGUGGAAGAUGUUGUCUGUGGGCUGUGGAACACAUUUGUGUGUGCAGUUCCAAGGAAGUGUUCUCCAUAAUCUGUACAUGCACU